AUGUCUUACCACCUCUACCCCACAUUCAACACUCAAGGCUGGGAGGAGAGCCUCUCCUCGAUGCCGCAAGAGCAGAUGGACUUCGCCUACACCGAGCCCUUGGAUGAGCACCCUCCCCUCGCCAUGAAUCACUAUGGGCCACCAACGGAGGCUCUGGGGUACGAGCAAUAUGCUGCAUGCCACCCCCAGCCUGGAUACACAAUGGCGGGGCCCUCACACGUCGUCAGUGGCGAUGUCCAUUGCCCCCAGCAGAUGCUGCCGGCUGGGAUAGCUACUAUCAAGCAGCACCGCCAACGGCUCGCGUCGGCUCUGGAAGGGUCGACGAGUCACGCCGUACAGCCCCAGUACGGUGCCGUGGAGAUAAUGGAGCCAUCUACUGUCGGUUCAAGCGCGCCGCCCACAGGUACGAGCGUAGAGGUCGUCACAAGCCUCAGACGCUCACAACCGGGCGUGCACCCGGUCCUAUCGCAACUAGCGGGCGCUGUCGCAGGUCCAGCGAGGUCCAGCAAAGGCUUCGAGGACUCCUUCGAACAAGAGCAUUCCCAGGGCUGUAAAGACGCAGUCCAAAGGGAGGUCCCGCACGAAGGCUGCAACGCCGGCGCCCAAGACGAGAUGAAAAAAGACAUCAUGCCUCACCGCAAAGUACAAUGGGAGAAGGCGCACAAGAAGGGGUCGCUCUGGUGCGAUCAGUGCCACAGGGAGUUCAAUCGGCCGGACUCUCUCAGCAAUCACAAGCGCACCAUUCACAGCUGA